GAUAACCACACGACCUGCAGCAGCCAAUCAGAUCCCUCCUGACUGUGUUGACAGGAUAACAGAAGUACGAGGCUUCACUGAUGCCCAGAAGGAGGAGUACUUCAGGAGGAGAUUCAGUGAUGAAGAGCUGUCCAGCAGAAUCAUCUCCCACAUGAAGACAUCCAGGAGCCUCCACAUCAUGUGUAGUAUCCCAGUCUUCUGCUGGAUCACUGCUACAGUUCUGGAGCACAUGUUGACUACAGAGCAGAGAGGAGAGCUGCCCAAGACCCUGACUGACAUGUACUCACACUUCCUGCUGGUUCAGACAAAGAGGAAGAAGAACAAGUACCAUGAGGGACAUGAGACGAGUCCACAGGAACUGACGGACGCUGACAGGGAAGUUCUUCUGAAGCUGGGGAGGCUGGCGUUUGAACAUCUGGAGAAAGGAAACAUCAUGUUCUACCAAGAAGACCUGGAGCAGUGUGGUCUGGAUGUGACAGAGGCCUCGGUGUACUCAGGAGUUUGUACAGAGAUCUUCAAAAGAGAGUGUGUGAUCUUCCAGAAACCAGUCUACUGCUUUGUUCAUCUGAGCAUUCAGGAGUUUCUGGCUGCAGUCUACAUGUUCCACUGUUUCACCAACAGGAAGACGGAGGUGCUGAGGAACUUCCUGGGAGACUUUUAUGAUUCUCAUUAUCCUGGAAGGAUAGACUGGAAUGAGGAUGAGGAGUAUGAUAAUGAUGAUGACUGUCACAGUGAUAAUUAUCAUGAUGAUGAAGUUUUGCUGGAUGAUUACAUGAUGCGUGAAUCCUCUGUGGAUGAGUUUCUAAAGAGAGUCAUGCAGAAAUCCCUCCAGAGUAAAAAUGGCCACCUGGACCUGUUUGUUCGCUUCCUUCAUGGCCUCUGUCUGGAGUCCAACCAGAGACUCUUAGUAGGUCUGCUGGGUCAGACAGAGAUCAGUCCAGAAACCAUCCAGAGAGUCAUCAAAAACCUGAAGGAGAUGAACAGCUAUAAAAUCUCUCCUGACAGAAGCAUCAACAUCUUCCACUGUCUGAUGGAGAUGAACGACCUCUCAGUACAUCAGGAGAUCCAAGAGUUCCUGAAGUCAGAGAACAGAUCAGAGAAGAAACUCUCUGAGAUCCACUGCUCAGCUCUGGCCUUCAUGCUGCAGAUGUCAGAGGAGGUUCUGGAUGAGUUGGACCUGCAGAAGUACAACACACCAUGGGGGGGACGACAGAGACUGAUUCCAGCUGUGAGAAACUGCAGAAAGGCUCGACUGACAUAUUGUGGACUCUCAGAGACUCACUGUGAAGUUGUGGCCUCAGCUCUGAAGUCCAACCCUUCCCAUCUGACAGUGCUGGACAUGAGUUGGAACAAGCUGCAGGAUUCAGCAGUGAAGCUUCUGUGUGCUGGACUGGAGAGUCCAAACUGUCGACUGGAGACUCUGAGAAGUGACAGACUUGAGCAGGGUUCAUUUAAAGGCUGACAGAAGUGGAGUGGUGACGGGGAGAUGUUUGACAGGACAGUGUUUCAGCCUCCACAGGUUCACGUUGUG